GAAAGAAACACAUAGACACACACGGAACGAGAGAGAGACACCUGAACAAAUAAUGUGAUACUGCGGUAUGACUUAUUGAGUCAAUUGGAUAUGAUUAGGAUAUUCAAUAUCACGGUACAUUGCCACUGGAUAAAUAAAACCCUAAAUAGGGUUCAGCAGAGAAGCUGCCCCAGCUGGCUCCCCGAAACUGUGACCACGCCCCCUACACACGGGAGCACCCGGCUGCUGCGCGGAGCGGGACUGUUGAUCCCACAGCUGUGAUCACACGCCACAGAGGCGCGCCAAGAGACGGACUGACUGCACAGGCUCCACCACCAGCCACUCUCACGACACACCACUUGCUGUAGUGCAAUUAUCAGGAUCCGGUUUAGGCUGGCUGUGGACCAGUCUUUGGGGAUACAGUAACUGCUGUGUGAUUGGCGGUUUGUCUGAUACACCAGAGAGAAACAAGAUAAGGAGAACAACAUACUAGAGGAACCUUGGAAAAUCUGGAGAACGUCCUGCUUUACACAGAGACCAUGAUAACGCUAACAGAACGCUAACGGAAACCUAACGGAAUGCUGAGUGAGGUCAUGUAGCUGCCCUCUGACACCCCUGCAUGUGACUACGCCUUCUGCGUCACCUCGGCUUUUCUAAUUGGCUGGUUUGGAGAGCGACGGACCAAUGGAGCAGAGUGCUGAGGAGCUGAACCUCUCGUUCCUGCUGGAGCAUGAGCGAGAGAUGAUCCUCGGAGUCCUGCAGAAGGACGAGAAACUGAGGAAACUAGAGGAGAAGAGGAUACGAAAGCUGAAGAAUGAGCUGGUGGAGAUCAGGCGUAAGGGUUCGCGGCGCCCCCAAGAGGUUGGGGAGCGUCAAUGCGCCCGUUGCCUGAAGGGCCUGGGCCUGAUUUUCGACCGCGGGGAGCUCUGUGAGCAGUGUCUACAGCGUGUCUGCAGCGACUGUCGCGUGAUGGCCCCUAAAGCAAAGCAUUGGAAGUGCUCCAUCUGUGCCAAAGUCUUGGAGCUGAAGGUGGUGACCGGGGAGUGGUUCCUAGAGGAGCGGUCCAAGCGGUUUGACAAGGGGACAGUGCUCAGCAGUGAUGUGGUCAAACAGUCUAUAAUGAGCAGCCCCGUAGGAAGCCCCCACAGGAAAUCCCCAGCGCCAGCUGUCACACCCGAGAGGCCUGACACCCCAAAAUCAGGAAGAAGCGCCGUGAGGAACCUGGUGGAUGGUGCCAAGAGGAAAGGGAAAGGGAUGUUGCUGGAUAAGAAGGGCAGCCGUCCCAGCCUGAAGCCAGAGAACGGGGUGCAGGGUGGGAGUGUGUGUGCUCCUGUCCCCGACACAGACACACACAGCGUACGCAGUGGCCGGUCUGCACCACGCUCCACAACCCACUCUCCACAACCCACCUCACAUAGGGGUAGUGUUGUGGCUCUGGAGUCUUCAGGGAUACGUACUGUACCUAACAACCUGCGCUCCCAAACCCUGGAGAGGGACAGGUCCCCUACACCCAGCAGCAAGAGCAGGAGGGUCAGGCCGGACGGAGCGGAGAGCGUGGCUAGUUUCCACUCCAGCGACAGCGUGUUUGACAAGAUGUCCGACACCGGGCAUGGCCGGACAGGGUCUGAUACCGCCCCACCCACCAUUGCUGUCUCCAGGGCCUCUGUGUCAUCAGAUCGUAGUCGUUCUGAGGUGGACCUGUCUGUUCCUGGUUCUGCCAGUGAUGAGGCCCUCAGUCUGAGGAGCCGCUCCGUUCCUGGGCUCAAUGACACGGAGUUUGAUGAUAAUGAUAAAGACGAGGACAUCGAUGCUCUGAUGUCGGCACACAGCAGGGCCGCCAGCCGACGCAUGAGCUGCGCUGUAUCUACGUCUUCUACUCCCGGCUCAGAGAGAAAAUGGGGCUACCUCAGUGUUCCUGGCGACUCGGAUGCAGAAACUAGCAGUCUGAACAGUAUGAUGAGUAUGUACAGUGAGACUGGUGACUAUGGCAACGCCAACGUGAGUGGCGAGCUGCUGUUGAACAUUAGCUACAGCUAUAAGACAGGCGCUCUUAACGUCCUGGUGAAGGAGUGUCGCAACCUGGCCACCGGCGAUGAGAAGAGGCAACGCACAGAUGCCUAUGUGAAGGCCUACCUCCUCCCAGACAAGUCUCGCCAGAGCAAGAGGAAGACCAGCAUCAAGACCAACACAAUCAACCCUGUAUUCAACGAGAACCUUAGGUAUGUGAUCAGCCACUCCCAGUUGGAGACACGAACGCUGCAGCUGUCUGUGUGGCACCAUGACCGCUUCGGACACAACAGCUUCCUGGGGGAGGUGGAGCUGACCUUUGACUCCUGGGAGUUUGACAGCAACACGGAGGAGUGGUACUCUCUGCAGCCCAAGCUGGACAGUAGUAUGGACUCCACGCUCCAGUAUAAAGGGGAGCUGACCGUGGUUCUGAAGUACAUCCCUGCAGAGAAGAACCUCAUGCUACCCCUGGACCAGGUCCAAGUGAAGAAAGGCUUUCUGAAAGGAAAGAAGUCCAGCAUCAAGCUGCCUAAAGGAGGUAUGGUGGAACUGCUGGUCAAGGAGGCCAAGAACCUGACCUCUGUCAAGUCUGGAGGCACUUCAGACCCCUUUGUGAAAGGGUACCUGCUCCCUGACAACAGUAAGUCCACCAAGCACAAGACGGUGGUGGUGCGUCGCUCGGUCAACCCCCAGUGGAAUCACACCUUCACCUACUGUGGCCUGCAGGCCGGAGACCUGAACAAUGUGUGUCUGGAGCUCACCGUCUGGGACAAGGAGGCUCUGGCCAGCAACGUCUUCCUGGGGGGAGUCCGACUCAACGGAGGGACAGGCCAGAGCUAUGGGAACGAGGUGGACUGGAUGGACUCGUACGGAGAGGAACAGCGGCUAUGGCAACGCAUGAUUGACAACCCGGAGGUCCCCCAGGAGUGUACACUGAUGCUGAGAUCCAGCAUGUGCAAACACAACACAUGAGAUGGAGGGAGGGAGGGAAAGAAGGACAAAAGAAAGAGGGACAGAGAGAGGUGGCAGAAAAGGGAGAAACAGUGGAAGGAAAGAGGGGGAGAGAGAAAAAGAGAAGAAAAGAAAGAGAAGGACAUUGGUUGACAGUGCUCCAUGUCCAAGCUCUAUCCCGCAAUACAGAGCUGAUGACAUCACUCCACUUCCUGACCCUUGAACCCUAACCUCUGAGCUACCCUGAUCCUGCACUGGGGUUCAUAGUCCUCUUUCUGGUAAAGAGGUCAACCAGUCAUGCCUUACACACAUGGCCAUUCCCAGCCAAGACCAAGCACUACCACUACCACUACCACUACCACUACCACUACCACUACUACUACUACUACUACUACUACUACUACUACUACUACUACUACUACUACUACUACUACUACUACUACUACUACUGCUACUGCUACUGCUACUGCUACUACUACUGUACAUUAUGACAUGUACAGGUAACGGCUAAAAUAAUGGAAACACUUGAGUAAAUGAGAGAUACAAAGUAUAUAUCCCUCCAAUAAAGUUCCAGACACUUAUAGAAGGUAGUGGCCCAAAGCCCUAUUAAGACACUUUCUGUUGGUGUUUCCUUUAUUUUGGCAGUUACAUGUAUGUAACAUAAUGAACAAGCACAUUGUCAUUUGUAUCAUCUGAUCUGACUAUGCACAACGCUCUCCUCUCCCUGUGUUGAGACUACAUGAGGUAGAAGUUGUUCUUAACCCCAGAUCUAGGAUCAGAUUGCUCUGACCUGCUCUUAACCAUAACCAUUUAGGGGGGAGAUAAUGUAUCUGACCCUGCAUCAGUGGCUCAGGGUAGCUUUUACCUAGGCUUUGACUCAAUCAGAACCGACGUUGGCAGACAUCCGCUUAUCGGGUGUUUUGUUUCGUAUCCACGACAAACUAACGCAUGGAGCCGCUUGUGGAUUUUCAGCUCUAACGCAGUUCCACUUCAGACACCGCCAAAACAAACGAUAUGGGGAUCUAAUAGAAUCUAGUCCCUACUCUCAUAAGGUAACUUCUUCAAAGGCACUUAAGGGUUGAUGCAUGCUGAGUAGAUUUAAACAUUCCCAUAGUAUACUGUAAAAUUAUAAUAUGGGUGUGUUCAAGAUUGCAUUGUUUAAUGCAAUAAUGUUAUUAUGCAUAAUUUUUGAACGGAUAAAACCCCAGUUUCAAAGUGUUGCAGAAUUGCAUUGUAACUAAUCCCGAACACACCAAGGGUUUUACUGUAGUUUUGAUAAAGCACACAUUACGAGUAGAGUGGCACAAAUAGCCACUUCAUCAACAGAUCUUUUUGGACCUUCUACAGAAGUGGUGCAAAUUGGGGGUUGGGGGUUAUGUUAGCUAGACAUAUCUAAUACUCACACAAAUUUGUAUUGCAAAUUUGAAGUAUUGUCCUGAAUUUCUUACCAGGAAAAAAAUGUGUCACUACCAGCAUUGAUCAUUUGGAUUAACCUUCUAUUAAUGUUUUAUUUGCAUACAAAAUUGUCAAAAUAAUAAAAACAUGAUUUUUAACCGGACUUUAAAAUCCUUUAAAUUGAAUUUAGAGAAAUAUAAUCUCUAUUGUUCCUCUGUAAAAUGUUCAAUGUUGAAUGUAGAAUCUAAAAUGUAUUGAUUGAUUUAAUUACUUAUGUAUCUGAUUCAUUAUGUUGCUUGAUGUAUAAAUUGUAACUUUUCCUAUCUUUAUUUUAGCAAAAUGAAGAGUGUCAAUGGAUAUAUAUUGGGUAUAUAUUUUAGUAUAGACAUUACCAUUGAGGGCUUCCAUCAUUUUAAAGUAGUCAGCUGGAUGGGGAUUCUUAUGGGUUGGGAGCAUUGUCUUCUUCAAAUUGAGUUCCCUAUGGUUUGUAAACCAAAGACUAAGUUCUUGUCCGAGAGCAUGAGCCAAGACCAAGAUUUAAACCAGGACAUUGGUCCCAAGAUCCAUACCUAGGGAGUUGAGACCAUGACAAGUUAAAUACAGAAUUUAUUGAGUGGUCUCAAGACCAAGACCACAAGAUCAAGACUCCAUGGGCCCUUUCUUCAAUUCUAAGAAACUUGAGUGGAGUAAAGUGGAGUAUAGUUCACUGGAGUACUGUAUAGUACAGUGCAGUACAUUACAGUACAGCACAGCACAUUAUAGACGUCUAUGUUGGGCCAAAUAGAUGUUAAUGUUUGGGCUCUUUAAGGAUUGGAGCCCCUCUGCUGGCUGUACAUCUUAAUACACUUUUUCCUGAAGUGUGCUCUUGACCACUACCUACAUGGUUGCUCAGCAUGGCGCUUGAAACUUUAAAAUGGAGAUAGCCUCAAUGGCACUGCCUGUGCUGGCACAGAUGCCAUAGUGGCACAGAUGCCAUAAUGGCACAGAUACAAAGAUGAGACCUCUAUCGAUCUCUAUGGUGUCAAUUGUUUUGGUUGUGACUGCUUUGGUUGGACAAUUUAGACCAAUUUAGACUUUUGGACAGAUGUACAUCCCACCAAAUACAUAUUUUGGUCCCAUAACCAUACUUUAUAUAUUUCUUGAAAUAUUAGAUGUUGAGUAGUGACACUUCUUAAAAAUACAUGAAGAUUUAUUAAACCUGCUCACAAAUUUGAUCCAAAAUGCUUGCAGACAGACUACUCACUAUGUGGCCAUGCUAGAGAGGGGUGCAAUCCCAUCAGCUGGAGAUAUAUGUAGGGGUGUGGCUUAAUGCAGAUUCAUUCUAGUCUUUUAAUGUGUGUGUUUUAUCAGUCUUUUAAUGUGUGUUUUAUCAGUCUUUAACGGUAGUGACAUCAAAAGGUGGGCCAGCAUUUUUUUGAAAAGUAUGUUUUAAAAUAAACAAAUCUACUAAUUAUACCAGUAUCUUUCAAUGUAAUAAUAGAACAACUCAAUAUGUUCUGUUGAAAUAAUAAUACUAAAACUAUUUAAAAAAUCAUGAAUUGCUUUAUUUUCAAACAUGAAGUUUAGGAGUCAGGGUGUGAGACAGACAUCUCUCAAUAGAAACAGGUAUAUAAACAAUGACUUUGUGCUAUAUUAAUUGAAAAAUAUGUUUGUUAUUUCCUUGAAGUGAAUUAGAAUAUAUCAUGAUGUAAUGAAAUGUCCUAAGUUUGGAGACUUAAAUGUUUUUCUAAAUCGUUUUUUUUUUUUUUUUUUAAUGUGGGACAGCAAUUUACAACACUUCUGUAGAAUACCCCAAAUACUCUAGGGAGAAGGAUGGCAUUUGGGCUGCAGGCUUGGUCUCAGUGUAGUCACAGCCUACUAUCAUAACCUACAGUCUACUGUGGAAUGCAAGUCUACAUAUUCACCAUUGUCUGAGUUCCUGUUAUACUCUGAAUUCUGAGUGUAAACAACCAUUGAAAACUACAGAAUACAGUAAUAAUAAUACUAUUAAAAUGGCAUUUACUGUGUAGAUGAGUUGCGUGCAAUACCCUGCUACUGAAGAAACACUAGACUAGUGUCUAACAGCAUGUUACUGUCUGUUUUAAUGUCCUCUCAUUCAAAACUAGAUUGUUCGAUUUGACAUUGUAAUGUGACUGAAUCAAUCUCUUAUUUUGUUUAAAAUGUAUUAUCAGAAUAUUUUGAAGAAUAAACAACACAUAUCAUUCCUCA